ACGGAUCACAUGGUCAGCAACCAUGAUAGUUUACAAUAUGUCUGCCGUAGCACUGAAAACUUACAGGAAGCUAUGUGAUUUGUAAUUUUUAUCCCCUCUUGGAGAAGAAAAGCUUGUUGACAUGUUGAUUACAUUAAGCUGCUGCACUGUGGAACACAGCUGUAUGGGAUGUGCUGUGAUGACUUGUCAGAAUGCCACAAUGUCAGGAUGCCGUUUGUAACGACAGAGAAUUUGGCAGUCCAUACAGCAAGGCAUCCUUUGCCAAGCUACCUAGUAACCUACUGUUGUGUCCUGUGUAAGAUUGUAACAUGGAGAGUCGUGUUGGGGGACUACUGUUUACCUCCAAGUUUGACUCUGGCAACCUUACCCGUGUCGAGAAAGUAGUCCGAGAAGAUGAAGAUGAACCAAGUGGCAGCUACUACUCAGGAUCAGAACCUCGGCCAGACUACGAGUUCAAUGUGUGGACAAAGCCAGACUGUGCAGGAACUGAGUUUGAAAAUGGGAACAGGUCUUGGUUCUACUUUGGGAUCCGAGGCUGGAACCCGGGUCGUCUCAUCAAGAUCAAUGUGAUGAACAUGAACCGGCAGGGCAAGCUGUACAGCCAGGGCCACACCCCUUUGGUCCGCAUCCUCCCCAACAGACCCAAGUGGGAGCGCAUCAGAGACCGGCCGUCUUAUGAGACAGUGGAUGGUCAGUUUGUCCUCAGCUUCAGCUACCGUUUCCCUGACAUCAAAGGUGCAACAGUCUACUUUGCCUUCAGCUAUCCCUGGUCGUACACUGAAUCACAGGACCGGCUCACAGAACUAGACAAACAAUUUGAACAUUGCAAAAACCUCAGCCCUGACAGCCGACCUGACUCCAUCUACUAUCAUCGGGAACUCCUGAGUAAAUCUUUGGACAAUCUGCGUGUGGACCUCAUCACAAUCAGUUCCUGUCAUGGACUCUGCUCGCACCGGGAACCAAGGUUUGAUGGCAAACUGUUUCCUGAUAAAGACACACCCAGAUGUCGACAGUUCAAAGGCAAAAGGGUGUAUUUACUGAGCAGUCGUGUCCAUCCAGGGGAAACACCUGCAAGUUUUGUGUUCAAUGGAUUUUUGGACUUUAUCCUGCGAGAAGAUGACUGUCGAGCUCAACAGCUACGUAGACAGUAUGUGUUUAAACUGAUACCAAUGUUGAAUCCUGAUGGCGUGAUGCGAGGUCACUACAGGACAGACCAGCGGGGCGUCAACCUGAACCGCAUGUACUUGGACCCCAGCGUUACCCUCCAUCCAUCCAUCUAUGCUGCCAAGAGUGUCAUCAUCUACCACCACGUCCACAACCGUAUCAAGAAAGAGGGCGACCUGUCUGACAUUCAGGUCAACUUCCCACGGGGCGAACAAUUGUCUAGUCCACAGCGAACAGCAACACGUACCCCCCGGCUCAACUUGUCUGGGCAUGGGGAAGACCUGAGUUCCCGAACACUGGUUGCAGCUGACCCUGUCUCGUCAAGGACACCGGUCAGUGGUGCUACAACUGUUGUGAUCAGAGACCAUAUUGAACCAGUGAGUAGUCAUCGAGGUGACCAGACAGUGAGUGAGGUGAUGUGGCUUAGUGAAACAAACCAGCUGCCCACACUCGAUAUUGACCAACUGGACUCAGGUCACAUAGAUUCAACUCAACCAAAGUCAUUUCAGAUCGAACCUCUGAACCUUGCUGACCUAGACGGGACUGACACAUCGCUGAGUGAUGGUGGACUGGCUCCAGAAACAAUGCCUCCCAACCAGGUUUCGUCCUCGUGUUGUAGUGUACUCAGCAAUCUCGACAUGAACAAAGAUGCACAUCGAGUUGACAGCGAGUUACGUCUCCGUCUGUCGGAGCUAAACAUGUCCGAUGACUUCCGGUGUAAUGGUGGUCCGACCAAUGAGAUGACAGCAGAUUCAGAUGAUUCAGAUGAUGGUGACACAGACAAUCUUGGCAACGAAGGGUCGGAGGAUGAUGGGGAUGUGUAUGUCACCAGCACUAACUCACCUCAUCUUUCCGAUCCUAAACUCAAAGAAAUCCCUCCCCAUGAGAGUGGGAUCGCAUUCUAUGUUGAUUUACACGGGCAUGCAUCGAAACGAGGCUGCUUCAUCUAUGGAAACUACUAUGAGAAUGAAGAUACUCAGGUGGAGAAUAUGAUGUUCCCCAAGUUGAUCUCUAUCAACACAGCUCACUUUGACUUCACGGGCUGCAACUUCUCGGAGCGGAACAUGUACUCAAAGGACAAGCGUGAUGGGAUGUCCAAGGAAGGCAGUGGUAGAGUUGCUGUGUUCAAGGCUAUUGGCAUCGUACACAGCUACACCUUGGAAUGCAACUACAACACUGGCAGAAUGGUCAACUCUGUGCCCCCUGCCUUCCAUGACCAGGGCCGGGCCACACCCCCUCCAAUUGCCGGCUUCCCUCCCAAGUACACUCAGGCCCAUUAUGAAGAGGUUGGCCGAGCUGUAGCUACAGCAGCGUUAGACAUGACAGAGACCAACCCCUGGACCAGACUCACCUUGUCGGAGCAUACCAGUCUGCAUGGUGUGCGUGAUGCUGUCCGCCGUUAUCUGCGUGGACUACGAGGUGGGCCGCGUGUUCCACGCAACCCCGUUAUCAGGAGCUAUGGCAGGAACAGUUUGACUGGGAACAACUUGAACAACAAUCGCCAGGCUCGUGGGAACCUAAGUGAGUCUAACGUCCAUCACAACAAUCGCGGUGUCUUCUCCCGCUCCACCAUCAGUGACACCAACACAGCCAGCACCUCCCGUACAGUGCGCGGCGGGUACGUCAGACAACCCACUCUGGGGCCAGGCAGCAAGAGGGAGCUGGCACCGGUCAGAGAAGCAACCCGAGGCACCAUUGGUAAUCAGACUCGACGACGAGUUACUCUGCCAUCCUGUAGCUCACCCGCCAAGCCAACGUCCGCUUCCUCAGUUCCAGCAUCAACCAAGGUGGCCUUGGGGAUGGGGUCAGGGUCAGGGUCAGGGUCAGAAGAGAGGCGGCAGCAGUCAGCUGACUGUUCACUGAGGAUGAGGGAGGAAGACAAGUACCAGCAGCUCAAGAACAGCGGCCUGAUGGCUCUAGCAAAGAAGGGUGCAUCUCCCAGUCGGAUCCCUCUCCCCACAAACCGAUCUCAACUCAACCUCAUGACAUCCCAGGGAAUAGACAUACACUCUAAGUUCCUGGCCCAGGGCAACCUCCGCUCCAACAAGGCAGGGACCAAGCCGGGGCUGCAGAAGGCACCAGGGGAGAUAACUGAGCCAGCAGAGGUUGACAGCACCAUGAGGCUGGGAGGAGGCAGGGGUAAUGUGUGUCCCAAGGGACCCGAGGACGUAUCUCAACCGGCUGACGGCAACUCUGCCACUGUCACUAAAGAUGCAGUUCCCUUACUGCAGGGUGCUGUCACAGUCCGAGACGGAGCAGACACACAGGGUGAGGUACCUCGACGGAGGAGGUCAACCUUCGGGCGCCGAAAGAGUCUGACUCGAAGCCCCAAGAAUGGCGUCACCAAAGGUAUAGUUAACAAGCAGGGGAGUGCCGACAGUGACUUAGAGCGGAGACGGAGAAGGCGUAGGAAACAGCGCAGACGGACAACAGCAACGAGCCCUGCUUCAGAUGAUGGGGCACAAGACACAUCAUCAGUACCUACACACCACUAUUUCUGUGUUCACAGACACAUCAUCAACACCUACACACCACUAUUUCUGUGUUCACAGACACAUCAGUACCUACACACCACUAUUUCUGUGUUCACAGACAUCAGUACCUACACACCACUAUUUCUGUGUUCACAGACACAUCAUCAGUACCUACACACCACUAUUUCUCUGUUCACAGACACAUCAUCAGUACCUACGGCCCUUCCAGCUGGCUCCGACUUCCACACUUCAAGCACACAUCGAUGAAAAGACCGUGGGACCCUUCUACUGCUGUUCCCCGCACCUCCCUCGGCCCCCCAGCAACUAGUCAACACCCCGGCAGUGCAGACGUAUUCUGGGUCAACUUCUGAUGGACACCAGCUGCUGCUGCAACAGAA